AUGAGUUCACGACCAUCUCUCAUGCCGCCCACCGAGGGCUCCUUCCUUUCCUCGGGCGCCUUCACUCCUUCCGGCCUCACACCCAACACACGCUCCCAAGCCGAAGCCGCCUUCACCUCCAACAGCACUUCGCAAACCGAUGCGGCCGCCCCCGACCCAAACCUUCUGCCCCUAAUGGGUGCCGGUGGAGGAAACGAGACAACAACAGACAAAGGCCCAACUGAAGCUGUCCGGGCUUACACUGGCUACCGCCGCCCUGGCAUGGCUCGAGCAAGCUCAGCAAACUACGAGAACGCACUGAAGCGAGCGCAGCAAGCAUCCGUCUCGUCCGACUUCUCUGCCGACUCUGAAGUACCCGACAACGUCACUACGGGCCAAACAGUCGCGUCGCCUACAGGCUCCACUCCAUUCCCUCCUCCCGGCCAAGGUGUAGUGCCCCUCAACUACGGCUCUACUCCCGUUGGCGCCGCUCAAGGCGAAGCAGUCAAGAAGACUCGUUCGCGUGGCUUGAGUCUCAGUGGCCUUGCCCAGCAGCAGGGCUGGAGCGAGCAGGAUUACAAGCGCGUAUAUAGCGCCGAUUUGCUUGCCGAAGAUCCGAAGAACAGCGCUGGUUAUGGCUCAGGCCCGAAAUAG